AUGUGGGCGCUCCGCUCGCUGCUGGGGCUGCGGUGCGCGGCCGGGCGCACCAUGUCUCAGGGGCCGGCGCGCCGCCCGCGGCCGCCCAAGGACCCGCUGCGGCACCUGCGCACGCGGGAGAAGCGCGGCCCGUCAUGGGGGCCCGGGGGCCCGAACACCGUGUACCUGCAGGUGGUGGCAGCCGGCGGCCGGGAUGCGGGCGCCGCCCUCUACGUCUUCUCCGAAUUCAACCGGUAUCUCUUCAACUGCGGGGAAGGCGUCCAGCGACUCAUGCAGGAGCACAAGCUGAAGGUGUCCCGUUUGGACAACAUAUUCCUGACCCGAAUGCACUGGUCUAAUGUUGGUGGGUUGUGCGGAAUGAUCCUCACUUUAAAGGAAACCGGAGUUCCAAAGUGUGUGCUUUCUGGACCUCCACAACUGGAGAAGUACCUGGAAGCCAUCAAAAUAUUUUCUGGUCCACUGAAAGGAAUAGACCUGGCUGUGCGGCCCCACUCGGCACCAGAAUACAAGGAUGAGACCAUGACAGUGUUCCAGAUCCCCAUCCACUGCGAGCAGACGAGUGGUCAGCAGUCGCCCGCGCAGAGUCCAGAGCGGCUGAGUCCACCGCCGCCUCCACACGCAGAACCAGCUGAUGGGGAGCGGCGCCCGAACGGUGUUGGCCAGAAAGCACGUGGCAGGGACACCUCCUUGGUGGUUGCUUUCGUCUGCAAGCUCCACCUGAAGAAGGGAAACUUCUUGGUGCUCAAAGCGAAGGAGCUGGGUCUCCCAGUCGGAACAGCCGCCAUUGCCCCCAUCAUUGCUGCCGUCAAGGACGGGAAGAGCGUCACCUACGAAGGGAGAGAGAUUCUGCCUGAAGAGAUCUGCACCCCUCCGGACCCCGGGAUCGCCUUCAUUGUGGUAGAAUGUCCAGACGAAGGGUUCAUCCAGCCGCUGUGUGAGAACACUGCCUUCAGGAGUUACCAAGGGAAGGCCGACGCCCCCGUGGCCCUGGUGGUCCACAUGGCCCCGGAGCACGUGCUCCUGGACAGCAGAUACCAGCAGUGGAUGGAGAGGUUCGGGCCCAACACCGAGCACCUGGUUCUGAACGAGAACUGCGAGUCAGUCCACAACCUGCGCAGCCACAAAAUCCAGACCCAGCUUGGCCUCAUCCACCCCGGCAUCUUCCCCCCGCUCGCCGGUGUCUCUUGCAGGAGCAGUGCUGCCCAGGGUGUGCCCACGGUCCGAGGCCAGUGUCUCCUUAAGUACCAGCUCCGGCCCCGGCGGGAGUGGCAGAGGGAUGCCGUCCUGACCUGCGACCCCGAGGAGUUCAUCGCCGAGGCUCUGGAGCUCCCCAACUUCCAGGAGAGCGUGCAGGAGUAUAGGAAGACGGCCCAGGAUGGCCCAGAGGAGACUUGCAGCCAGUACCCAGAAGUGGUCUUCCUGGGAACAGGGUCCGCGAUCCCAAUGAAGAUCCGGAACGUGAGCUCCACGCUCGUCAAUAUCAGCCCCGACACGUCCCUGCUGCUGGACUGCGGGGAGGGCACCUUUGGGCAGCUAUGCCGCCACUAUGGGGACGGCGUGGACCGGGUCCUGGGCUCUCUGGCUGCUGUGUUCGUGUCUCACCUGCACGCCGACCACCACACGGGCUUGCUGAACAUCCUGCUGCAGAGAGAGCGUGCUCUGGCAUCGCUGGGCAGACCCUGCCACCCCCUGCUCGUGGUCGCCCCCACCCAGCUCCGGACCUGGCUCCAGCAGUACCAUAACCAGUGCCAGCCACUGCUGCACCACGUCAGUGUAAUCCCUGCCAAAUGCCUUCAGAAGGGAGCUGAGGUCUCCAGCCCCGAGGUGGAAAGGUUGAUAAAUUUGCUGCUGGAAACCUGUGGCCUGGAGGAGUUCCAGACCUGCCUGGUCCGACACUGCAAGCACGCCUUCGGCUGUGCGCUGGUCCACAUGUCCGGCUGGAAGGUGGUCUACUCGGGGGACACCAUGCCCUGCGAGGCUCUGGUCCAGAUGGGGAAGGAUGCUACCCUCCUGAUCCACGAGGCCACCUUGGAAGACGGUCUGGAAGAGGAAGCUGUGGAGAAAACACACAGCACCACCUCCCAGGCCAUCGGCGUGGGCAUGCGGAUGAGCGCGGCCUUCAUCAUGCUGACCCACUUCAGCCAGCGCUAUGCCAAGAUCCCACUCUUCAGCCCUGACUUCAACGAGAAAGUGGGCAUCGCCUUCGACCACAUGAAGGUCAGCCUGGGGGACCUCCCGACGGUGCCCCGGCUGACGGCACCGCUGAAGGCCCUGUUUGCCGAGGACCUGGAGGAGAUGGAGGGGCGCCGGGAGCGCCGGGAGCUGCGGCAGGUGCGGGCGGCCCUGCUCACAGGGGAGGACGUGGAGCCACCGCAGAAACGCGCCCCCACAGAUCAGCCCCCCAGCCCACAGAGCAAGAAGGCCAGGGCCCAGUAGACGCAGGGCCGGGGAGCACAUGGAGGGAGGCCACGGUGUCCAUCAGUCUCGUGCACGAGCGCUGGGCUGGGGACGCAGCCUCAGGAAUGGCAUCUUCAAGGACGAGACACUGUGAAGGUGGCAUCUGGACCGAGUGCUGUCCCCCUGCUGCGGCCAAGCAGGGUCUUGGGGCACAGUUCUGCACCUCAGGUGCCCAGGGCGCCCGGAAGCAGCUUGAUCCUGGCAACGACCUUCAGAAUCCAUCCCUGGGGAGCCAGCACCCCUCUGCAGCCUGGUGUCUUAGCCAAAGUCAAAUCGUGUGGACUGUCAGCUGUGGAUGGCACUGGGUGGGUAUGCAGUGGUUCCAGGAACGCAGAGAUGGGCUGCCGUUCUUGCCGCGUAGACAGACUCACCGGAGUGUGGAGCGACACCGCGUGAGGCUGGUGGCCAGGCCUUCCCUUAGAGCUGGACAGCACUGAGGUCAGUGUCUGAAAAGGGGCUGGAUUUUCACAGAUGCCUCCAGUAUUCGCAUGUUCUUACCACCCAGGAGGAGGGGCGGAGAUUUAAAGAGACACAGGUGCUGAGACAGAGACCACGGACUGGACUCACCAUGACCUCGGGGUCCCUGGCAUCGCCUCCUGCGUCCUCUCAAGCUUGUUGUUAAGACAGGAAGAUAGGCCACGCUCAGGGAUAAUAAAUCUAUUUUAAUAACA